GAUGAGUUAUGUAUAAUUAUUUUGUUUCCUAGACCAUGGAACCAGUGGAGCUUGUGUCUGUGGCAAAAAUGAUAACAACUCAAAACAACAAUUUGUCCCUGUCAUCUGACCCAUCAGAGACUCCACUCUCUGCAGAAUGGGAGAUUGUCCACACAGUCAUACCCCCAUACAUCUUCACCUUAUCUCUGUUCGGCCUCCUCUUCAACAGCUUUGUCUUAGGGGUGUACCUCACCCACAAGGAUCGACUAACUGUAGCAGAGAUCUACCUGAGCAACCUGGCACUGGCUGACUUUAUUCUCCUGUGUGGCCUCCCCUUCUGGGCAAUGAACAUCCUCAACAACUUUAACUGGCCAUAUGGAGAUACCUUAUGUAAAAUGGUCAACUCCAUCAUCAUCAUCAAUUUCUACACCAGCAGCUACACCCUGGUUAUGAUCAGUGUUGACCGCUACCUGGCACUUGUGAAGACCAUGAAGGCCAGGUGGCUGAGACGGACACUUUAUGCCAAGGUGAUCUGCUUCGUGCUGUGGAUAUUAGCGAUCUUACUGAGCACACCUACCAUGGUUCACAGAAAGGUGAAGUUCAUUGAGGAGUUUAAGACAAUGUCCUGUAUUCUGGAUUAUAGUCAUGACAGCUCUUGGAAGUUGGCCCAUCAGAUUCUGAUGAACAUAGUUGGCUUUGUACUCCCUUUUCUGGUCAUUGUUUUCAGCAGUGGGAACAUAAUCAAGGCUUUAGCGAAGAGGAGGGAGAGUCUAAGUGUUCAUGACAUUAAUGAUACAAAGGCUACAGCACUGGUGUAUGCUGUUACACUAUUAUUCUUACUGUGCUGGGGUCCCUUCCAGGUAUUCACCUUCCUUGACACACUCUGCGAUGUCCAAGCAAUAGACGAGACACUGUGGUACAACACUCUCAAUAUAGGAGGCCAGGUUUCAGUGUAUCUGGCUUUUCUCAACAGUGCUCUGAACCCACUGCUAUAUGUCUUCUCAGGGCAGUACUUCAGAAGGAAAGUUAGCGCCAUCUACGGGAGGACUAGACAUCAUCGGAGAGGGUCAGAGAUGACAACAUAUCAACGCUCUGUUGUAUCAACUUACAUCAACAGAGCAGAGCAAAUUAAGACUGUGGUGAUUUUCAGUACAAAAAAUCAAAUGUGACUCUUCAUGACAUCCUGUCAGAUGGAGAAAAUGAUGGUUAUUCUGUGAGAUGUAACAGGAUAAUAAUGUUAUCUAGUCAAACAGCCCUUUCAGAGGAUGUCCAAUUGUGUUUGGUGGAAAAAAUGAACACAAUCAAAUAAUUGGACAUAAGAACUGGGGAAGAAAUGGAAGCAGAUUUUGUUUACAGUCUCCAUAAAGACACGUGUGGACACACAGCAUGUAAAUCUCUUUGGACUGUCCUGUUGCAUGGUGUAUUCCUGACU